AUGGAUGAUGAUAACAGUAAUGAUCUUUAUGCUGAUGGUGAUGCUAUAUUUUUAGGAGCAGUGUCCGCAGCAUCAAGUCCGAAUAGAAUCGUAGGAGGUAACCCCACGACCAUUGAGGAGUAUCCAGGAAUAGUUCAGGUCGAAUUCAGUACACUAUUCAUCUGGUCACAAUCAUGUGCUGCUAAUGUGCUGAAUUCACUCUACGUUCUGUCUGCUGCACAUUGCUUCGGAGGAAUAUUAUUCAACGUAAACAACCGCCGUAUUAGGGCUGGCACAACCGACCGGAAUUCUGGUGGCAUUAUAGUCUACGUAGAAGAAGCUAUCAACCAUCCCUCCUACAGUGCCCUGACUUUAGAUGGCGACAUCAGCGUGGUCCGAUUGUCCGAUAGAUUGACCUUUAGUAACACAAUUCAACCAAUUCCUAUCGUCGUCCAGGACUUCGUGCUUCCCGAUAAUUUGGCUGUGGUACACGCUGGUUGGGGCGCCACUUCACAAGGAGGAUUUGCUUCUCCAGUACUUCAGGAUGUGGAAAUCUACUCCAUUAACCGUCAGCUCUGUCAUCAGAGGUAUCAAACAUUGUUUCCCCGUCGAUCAGUGACGGAGAAUAUGAUCUGCGCUGGUGUUCUGGAUGUUGGUGGUCGUGAUGCAUGCCAGGGUGACUCUGGAGGUCCCCUAUACUUCCAAAACAUACUCGUGGGUAUUGUGUCUUGGGGUCAAGGCUGUGCGGAUGCUUUCUUCCCCGGAGUUAGUACAAAUGUAGCCUCGUAUACUAACUGGGUUAUAUCAACUGCUGUUUGA